GGUUGCUAUGAGCCAAGAUCAUGCCACUGCACUCCAGCCUGGGUGACAGAGCGAGACUGCAUCUCAAAAAACAAAAACAAACUGGGUUCAGACCCUUGUCCAGCUGUGUGACCCUGGGUCAGCUGCUGGCCCUCUCUGGAUCUUGUGUCCAGCUCCUCAGCAGUAUAGCGGAACACCAGGCAACAGUCAUGGGUGUCCACUCCUUGCCUGGCACUGGGCUGAGUGCUUUCCAUGACUCUCCAUUGAUUCUUGCCCAGCCCAAUGAGGUAGGAACAGUUCCCUCUGCCCAGGUUCUAUUUUUGGCCCAAUUCUUGCUCUGGGGCUCACAUCUGGUCUCCUGAACACCCUCCUUUAUCUGCUGCGUCGGCCCCAACCACUGCCCUGAGCCUGACCUGGGUAGCUAACCCUCUCCACCAGGCCACCUAGUGGGCAUCUCAACACAAGUGGCACUUGAUUCCACGCACUCGAUUCCAUGCCCCCAUCACCUGCUGUCCCCAUCCUCGCCUUCCCAACCUUGAGGACCAGAGCCUGUGCACCUCCUUGGACUCUUUCUCUAUUUUUUUUUUUUUUUUUUUUUUUGGAGACAGGGUCUCCCUCUGUCACCCAGGCUAUAGUGUGCAGUGGUGCAAUCAUAGCUCACUGGAACCUCAACUUCAUGAGCUCAAGCAAUCCUCCCAUCUCAGCCUCCUGAGUAGUUGGGACUACAGGCACACAUGCACCACCACACCUGGCUAAUUUUUGCAUUUUUUGUAGAGAUGGGGUCUCACCAUGUUGCCCAGGCUGGUCUCAAACUCCUGGGCUCAACCAAACUGCCUGCCUCAGCCUCCCAAAGUGUUGGGAUUACAGGUGUGAGUCAAUGCGCUCAGCCAACCUUUCUUGAGUGAACAAAUUCCCCCCAAUAUCCACAAGCCCUUUUGAUUCUUCCAAACUCCAACCACCCACUGGUCAGCUCUGCAGCCUCCAAGCUGAUCACAGAUCACAGCCUCCAUCCCUUCUGCCCCAGACACUCCAGCCACCUUCUCCUGAGUCCCCAGCUUCCACUCUUUUAUUCCUGUUGUUAUUUAGAUGGAGUCUCGCUCUGUCGCCCAGGCUGGAGUGCAGUGGUGCGAUCUUGGCUCACUGCAGCCUCUGCUUCCUGGGUUCAAGUGAUUCUCUCACCUCAGCCUCCCGAGUAGCUGGGAUUACAGGUGUGCACCACCAAGCCCAGCUAAUUUUUGUAUUUUUAGUAGAGACGGGGUUUCACCAUAUUGGCCAGGCUGGUCUUGACCUCCUGACCUUAGGCGAUCCACUUGCCUCAGCCUCCCAAAGUGCUGGGAUUAUAGGUGUGAGCCACCGCGCCCAGCCCCCAGCUUCCACCUUUGACCCCUGGAGCCCAUUCUCUAAGGGACAGCCCAGGAUUUUCAAAAACUGCAAAUCAGAUCAUUUCACUCCUCAACCAGAAUCUCCCCCUCACACUUAGAAUGAAACCAAAACCCUUCCCCAGGGCCUAAAAGUCCCGGAGAACUGGGCUACUCCCUGACCUCAUCACAGCAGCACCACCCCUUUCUCCCCUCCUCCAAGAAGGGCAGCCGAACCACCCUCUCCCCGACAAUGAGGGCUCUUUUCAGUUCCUCCAAGAACUCACGCUUGUUCCCUCAGGAACUUUGCACUUGCUGUUCCUUAAUGCCUAGCCUUCUUUCUGGUGGCUCUUCUUGUCCUGCAGAAGUCAACUCAAACAUGACGUCCUCCUUGAAGGACCCUCCACCCCCACCCCACUCCUUACUGUCUAUCAUUUCCCGGGUCUCUUUACAGCCCUUACUGUCUCCCUGAAACUACCUGGCUCCGGCAUGUGUCCAUGCCCUCUGGACUCUAAGCUGCUUGAAGCGGUGAACUUGGUGGUCUCAAGUGCCGCUGACAGCAGACCCCAGAACAAGUGGAGCUCAGGAAAUGUGGGAGGAUUGAUAGUAGUGUGGGUGGAUAGACUUAGAGAUAUUGUGUCCAGACCACAAGGCAUUAGCACAGCCGAGCAUCAGCCAGGACAAUCUGACCUUGAACCUGACAGCUUAAUCCUGAAGCUGUGUUGCCUCUGCAGUAUUCGGUUAAGAGUUCUGCUGCCUGAGUUGGCAUCCCUGCUUUGUGAAGUUAUUGUGUGUCGGCUGGGCACGGUGUCUCAUGCCUGUAAUCCCAGCACUUUGGGAGGCCGAGGAGGGUGGAUCGCUUAAGGCCAGGAGUUCAGGACCAGCCUGGCCAACAUGGUGAAACCCCGUCUCUCCUAAGAAAACAAAAAAAUUUGCCGGGCAGGGUGGCGCACGCCAGUAAUCUUAGCUACUUGGGAGGCUGAGGCAGGAGAAUCUCUUGAACUUGGGAGGCGGACAUUGCCAUGAGCUGAGAUAGUGCCACUGUGCUCUAGCCUGGGCCAAAGAGUAAAGAUCUGUCUCAAAAUAAAUAAAUAAAUAAAAAAUAAAAACAACAAUAAAUGACUGUGUGUCCUUAGGCAAGGCCCUUAGCAACUCUUGAGCUUGUUCCACCUGUAAACCCAGGACGUUAGUGAUUCUCCCUCUAGUGGAUGAAAUGAAGCAAUGCAGAUAGAGCCCUAAUGCAGGGUACCUGCCAGUCGCUGCAGCAGCUGUGGCAAUUGUCACCUUCAUCCAGGCCCAUCCCGCUUUGAGGGCCUAGAGAGAGUGGGCCAGAGGUUAACCCCCGACUCAUCUGCCUCCCCACGCUGGGCAUCUGGGUGUGCCAGGGCGUUCCCCCGCUGGUCAGACAGGUUUUUGGGCCAGGGCGGGGCUGACCAGGGUUAAUUAGAGGGAACUGGCUAGGAGGAGCCGGGGAGGGGGCUGGGCAGAGUCCAGGCCUCCAGAGCCCCUGGGACACAGCAGGUGUGUGCUGCCAUGGGCCGGGGCUUGAACUCUGCCAGACUCAGGCGCCAAAAACGGCGCUUGCGACCUCAGGUCCAGAAGCCCAGGCAGCAGCUGGAGCGGCUCCAGCAGGAGAACCAUGAGCUCCGGCGAGGCCUGGCAGCCCGAGGAGCCGAGUGGGAGGCCAGGGCCGUGGAGCUGGAGGGGGAUGUGGAGGCCCUGCGGGCCCAGCUUGGGGAGCAGCGCUCAGAGCAGCAGGACAGUGGGCGAGAACGGGCACGGGCCCUCAGCGAGCUCAGUGAGCAGAACCUCCGGCUCAGCCAGCAGCUGGCUCAGGCCUCCCAGACUGAGCAGGAACUUCAGAGGGAACUGGACGCCCUUCGGGGACAGUGCCAGGCUCAGGCACUGGCUGGGGCAGAGCUGAGGACGCGGCUGGAGAGUCUGCAGGGGGAAAACCAGAUGCUGCAGAGCCGCCGGCAGGACCUGGAGGCCCAGAUCCGAGGCCUGCGUGAGGAGGUGGAGAAGGGUCAGGGCAGACUGCAGACCACCCACGAGGAGUUGCUGCUGCUGAGGCGGGAGCGCCGGGAGCACAGCCUGGAGCUGGAACGCGCACGGUCAGAGGCUGGGGAGGCGCUGAGUGCGCUGCGGAGGCUGCAGCGGCGCGUCUCCGAGCUGGAGGAGGAGUCACGCCUCCAGGACGCCGACGUGUCGGGUGCCUCGUUGCAGUCAGAACUGGCCCACAGCCUCGACGACCGCGACGAGGGCCAGGGCGCCGACGCACGCGGAGACACCCCGACCACCCGGUCCCCAGAGACCCGAGAGGCGUCCAGCCCCCAGCCUUCACCCCCGGAAGAGAUCUUAGAGCCCCCCAAGAAGCGAGCAUCCCUCAGUCCAGCGGAGAUACUGGAGGAGAAGGAGGUGGAAGUGGCCAAGCUGCAAGAUGAGAUCUUGCUGCAGCAGGCAGAGCUGCAGUCCCUGCGGGAAGAGCUGCAGAGGCAGAAGGAGCUGCGGGCGCAGGAAGACCCUGGGGAGGGCCUGCACAGUGCCCUCUCAGACCGGGACGAGGCCGUGAACAAGGCCCUGGAGCUGUCCCUGGAGCUCAACCGCGUCUCGGUGGAGCGAGACUCCCUGUCUCGGGAGCUGCUGCGCGCCAUCCGCCAGAAGGUGGCGCUCACGCAGGAGCUGGAGGCCUGGCAGGACGACAUGCAGGUGGUGAUCGGGCAGCAGCUGCGCUCACAGCGCCUGAAGGAGCUGAGCACCGCCGCGUCGUCGUCGACCCCGCGCCGUGCCGCGCCCCGCUUCUCGCUGCGCCUGGGCCCCGGGCCCGCCGGUGGCUUUCUCAGUAACCUCUUCCGAAGGACCUGAGGGCUGGGCCCAGAGGGCUUCCCUUGCCCACUUAGGGGCUCACUGUCCUCUUCAGGCCAAUGGAGCGACAGGGCCCAGAUUGUCUUCCAAAAGAAGCUGAUGCCCUCCCCGCCCCAGGAUGCUGGGCAAGGGCUCAUCGGGAGCAGGGGCCAGCUUUGUGGGGCAGGAGCUCCAGGUGGGUGGCAGGGGCAGGUGAACAGAGCUAUUUUCCGAAUUAAUAUAGGUCUGUCUUUUCUAGGGCAGGGAUGGGGCUGGGUAUUUAUGUAUCAAGAUCGGACAAAGUAAUAUAUAAAUCACUCCACCGAUUUGGCCCCCAUUCGUAGAAAGAAAGAGCAUGGUAAAAAAGCCUGCAACUUUAUUGUAAAAAAAAAAAAGAAAAGAAAAUGAAAAACACUCUAAAACCCUAAGCUGGCUGGGGGUGUCGUCGGAGAUCAGAAGGACAGGGAGAAGGCUCGGUAACCCAGGUUGGUGAAGACAUCCACCCGGCAGCUGUUGCCUGCAGCUGUCAGGACCUGGAGGAAAGAGGGGCAUGACUGGCCUGCCCACACCCCUGCCUCCCAGCCGCUCCGCGGCCCCUGCCGGACCCACCUUGCACUCAGGCGCGGCAGGCUGCUGGUUGAGGCUGAGGCUGAGCAGCCCUGGGGAGGAGCCAGGCACCUGGGCCUUCAGCUCCCCGCUCAGCUGCCACUGGUUGACACAGCGGCCCUGGCCAGCUGACAGAAUCUGCAGAGGACAGGGAAGGUGCUCAGGGGUCAGGACUGAAGGGAAGAGUCAGUGGGGGUGGCAGAAGUGAGACACAGGGCCUCACCAGGUCCUGGUAGAAGGUGACGUGCUUCUGUGGCGCCCGGAUUGGGAAGACGGUGGUGGGUGUGGAGGAUCGGAGGUGCCAGAGGGUGAGGGCUGGGCCCCCUCCACAGACCUAGACAGAAAGGUGGGAGUCCCCAGCUGUGAACUACAGGCCCACAGCUGACAGGGCCCGGAGCUGCCAUCCCAUCCCACAGUCUGCCCAGCUCACCAUCCAGUCGGAAUCAGUUGCCAAACAUCCAAUCCAGCGCCCAUUGUGGGGCCUCGAGCACUCCUGGGAGGGGGAGGGGAGGGGGGAAAGAGGUGAAGACCUGGAGAAUUCAAGGAGUUGGGGGAGAAGAGGACAAUGGCCACGGUCACACCCUCACCUCGUGCUUAUAGACCUCGAUCGUCUGGACCUCCUUGGCUGUGCGCAGGUCUGCGGGGAAAGAACUGUGAGUGGUGCCCCACUUGCCUCAGCCUCCUUCACUGCCAUCUUGCCCUCCAACCAGCCACCUGCUUACCCCAAAGUCGAACAGCUCCAUCCUCGCCACCUGACAGCACCUCUGGGCUCCUUUCCCGCAGUGCCAGGCAAUGGAUGUAGUCUGUGUGGCCCCGGAGGACCCUCUGCAUGUAGAGGGGUGAUGUCAGGAGGAGACCUGGGAAGAGUGCCUCUCCCUGACCUAGACCUGCUCUAGGGCUCCAGGACCCUGCUCACCGUGAAAGUCCCAGUUUCAAGGUCCAUAGUGUGCAACUGACAGUCUCCCCCAGCCAGGAUGAGGGAAUUCUCCUGUGGAGGAGCAGGGUGAGGCAGAAAGUCAAUGUCAAAUCAGGAUAGGCAGAGGGUGAAGGAUCAAAGUUUGGACCAAGAACAGUCACAUGGGGCUCAGACCUUGGGGACCAGCAGCAAAGCAUUGAUCUCAGGCACUUCCAGGCUUGUCCUGGGGAAGGAAAGGCAAGGUCAGUGAGGAAGUGGCUUCACCCUGAUGCACCCUCUGUCCACGUGGCCCUGCUCACCUGUAUGGAGGCUGACGACGCCACAGCUCCUUACAGCCCUUCAAAAGAGAAAAUACCAGGUGAUCUCAAAGGCUCUCUCUGGGUCCAGGCACCCCAGCCCUUUCCCAAGCUCGACUCCUUACCUUCUUGAGCAUCUCCGCCCAAAGCCAGGCCUUCACCUCCCCAUCCCCAGCACUAAGCAGAUGUCGAUCGGUGGAAACCAUGCUAUAGACGGGCCCAUCAUGGGCUAAAGAGAAA